AUGCAUCUGAUGCAUUUCUCGGUCAACGCACACUCCUCUGUGCAGGGCAGCAGCAAGGACAACAAUGAGCAGGGAAAGGAUGAACCGGCGGCAAGGCGUGCGACAACGGCGGCUCCCAUCAACAAUGGGCCGGCCCAGUCGACGACCACCACAUCGCGAGAAGAAUCCCACUCGCCGGGAAUGGGAUCCAUGUCCUACUCCAACCACCAAGCUCAACCCCGCCCUCUGCCGACAACUGCGCCUCAAUCGGUGCAUGAGCUGGCUCCGCUGCACCACAAUAAUCAGCGACAGCACCACCGCCACUACAGUCAACAUCGCUACAGCAAUGACCGACUUGGCGGAGCCCUGAUUGACCGUUUACCAGAGUUGCAGCCAGCCACUAGUGCAAUGGACCCUAAUCGUCUCCCCUUCUCCGAGUUCCUGCGGGAUGUUGUCCAUGAGAACUCGGCCGAGACAACACGCUCCGGGCUAGUUCAAGGUCUGACUCUACUUGACUAUUGUGACCAGGGCAAUCUUGAUCUCAACGAGGAUGAUCUCGGUUUGCUGGACUACUGGAACGUGGACGGACAUCAUUCGCUGUCUCAGGGGAUAAGGUUGGCGCCAGGCGGGCACAUCCGUGACGGCUCCACAGACAUGGCGCAAGUGCGCCAGGACUUGGUGAAAAUGUGGACGAACUCGACCUGGACCCCAGCCAACAACGGCAAGAGCCGCAACAGUGGUACUGCUGCGAGUCCGGCCAGCACGCCUGACAUGCGUGAUCGCAUCGACAGGAUCACGCCGGAGAGACUCGAGCCUUCUGCUCGAGACCGUGUGCUCGCAAUGGUCCUCAGUACGUGCCGGCCGGGCUCCAGUGCCAUGCGAGUGGCCUCCUUGUUUCCCUCUGUGGAGGUGAUGGACGUGCUUGUCCAGAACUUUCUGCUCUCCAUGGCAAAUCAGGCUUCACAAUGGAUCCAUUUCCCAACUUUCCGUCUUGACGAACAAUCAACGGAAUGGGUCGCCAUGGCCGCCGCUGCUGGUGCGGCUCAGUCGUCCAUGUCGACACUGCGAAAAUUUGGGUUCAUCCUGCAAGACGCGGCUCGCGCCACUCUCCCAACCCAAUUUGAGGACAACAUACCGACCGCUCGUGAUAUUGGGCUUGUCCAAGCACUGCUCCUAGCACAAGAGAUUGGCUUAUGGAGCGGUAACCGGAGAAAAAUGGAGCUCGCGCAAAGUCAACUUACAGUCCCCGUCACGCUCCUGCGAUAUCGCAAUAAGUUCUUGCGUUCUUCUUAUCCGCAUGUGGCAGUCGAUCCCUCGGAUGAUGGUGCUGAGCUAGAAGCCAAGUGGAGGCUUUGGGUGGAGCGGGAAAGAUGGAAGCGUCUGGUUUUCCACUGCCUGCUUCGCGAUGCGCAGUGUUCCAUGGCGACUUUGACCAACCAGGCCAUCUCAUAUGCGGAGCUGACGCUGCCCCUGCCCGAACCAAAGGAGCUAUGGAUGGCUGGUAGCGCGCUUGAGUGGAAAAACGAGUACCUGCAGCGCCAUGCGGACCGAGGCCGACCCCUUCCCUCGAUGGGUGACCUAUUUUUCGACAUACAUCAACUGUCAGGCAACACGCUGCGGUUGGAUGUGCAAUCGUCUGUUUCGAUCUACUUGCAUGGUUUCUGGGCUCUGAUACUCGAGUAUCGGCGACUGAGCGCCAUCCACAAAACCCGCUCCAACAACGGCAACGCUGGAGGGAACCAAAAUCUUCUGCUCGGAUCCCGCCACCAAGAACUCUUAAAGGACCUACAGAGCUUUCAGCUUCUUGCCCAGGAAUGGCCGGACGUGACUUUUGAGGAGCACAUUGUACUCAACUUUCUCAUCAUGAGCUUGCACGUUUCGCUCGACGACUUGCAGCUCUUCGCUGGAAAGGAGGGAGAGGACCAAGCGCGGCGCACUUAUCCUGUACUGCAGCAGUGGUCAUCCAGCUCCGAAGCCCGGUCGGCUGUGUCUUGCGCAAGCCAGAUUAUCCGAUACGCAAAGGCCGUCGCACCUGGCCAGUUGAAAGACUUUUGUGCGGUGGCGGUGCAGCAGGCAGCUCUAGCUCUGUGGGCGUACGGUGUCAUCAACAAGGCCAACAAGGGACCGUCCACUCUGCCACGGCCGUACCAGUCUUCUGAUCCCGUGUACUUGGACGGCACCGAUACCAUGCCUAUUCAAAGAUUUGUUGGCUUCGGUCAAGGUCGGCCAGUCAUUCGCGGACCGAUGAAUGGCGAGAACACAUCCGAGUCUGGUCUGGACGAUCCGCGCGCUUGCAUGGCGAUCAUCCAGGAACUUCUCCGCAGCAACGUGAACGACGGAUGCGAGAGCCUGCCGCCCAUGGUGGAAAACCUUUGCACGCUGGUCAAGCAGCUGGGAGAUGCUGCUUGGGCCGUUGGGCUGGGUUCGGUUUGA